UGUGUGGUGCGGUGCAUUGUGGGUAACUUGGAGCAGGAUCGUUUCCUGCUCUGUCGGUCCUGUCUCGGUCGAACCUGGUCCGGAGCCUGGUCCAUAACCUGCUCCAUAACCCGGUACAGAACCAGCAGAGUACCGGCAGAGUACCGGCAGAGUACCGGCAGAGUACCGGCGGGCCGCGGAGAGGCUCCGUUAAUCUACCGGAAGCAGCGGGCCAGAGGCGGGAAAUGGCGAAGACGUACGAUUACCUUUUCAAACUGCUGCUGAUCGGAGACAGCGGGGUCGGGAAGACCUGCCUCCUGUUCCGGUUCAGCGAGGACGCCUUCAACACCACCUUCAUCUCCACCAUCGGAAUUGACUUUAAAAUCAGGACGAUCGAGCUGGAUGGGAAGAAGAUCAAACUUCAGAUUUGGGACACAGCGGGUCAGGAGAGGUUCAGGACCAUCACCACAGCCUAUUACAGAGGAGCCAUGGGCAUCAUGCUGGUGUAUGACAUCACCAACGAGAAGUCCUUCGAUAACAUCAGGAACUGGAUCCGCAACAUUGAGGAGCACGCGUCCUCAGACGUGGAGAGAAUGGUUCUGGGGAACAAAUGUGACAUGAACGACAAGAGACAAGUGUCCAAAGAGCGAGGAGAGAAGCUGGCGAUCGAUUAUGGGAUCAAGUUUUUAGAAACCAGCGCAAAGUCCAGCAUCAACGUGGAGGAGGCCUUUUUCACUCUCGGCAGAGACAUCAUGAGCAGACUGAACAGAAAAAUGAACGACAGCAACCCGCCAGGAGGAGGCGGGCCCGUUAAAAUCACAGAGUCUCGCUCUAAAAAGAGCUUCUUCAGGUGUAUGCUGCUGUAGGCGGAGCCUCCUCUUCCUCCUCCUCCUCCUCUUCCUCUCGCCGCAGGAGGAGGAUCAAACCUGUGGAAACACGUCUUCAGGAAAGUUUCUCUGCUUGUCAGUCAUCUCAAAUCUUCCUGCACGCCUCCUCUUCCUCCUCCUCCUCUUCCUCCUCCUCCUCCUCCUCCUCCUCCUCCUCCUUCUCCUCCCUCCUCUUCCUCCUCUUCCUCCUCCUCUUCCUCCUCCUCCUCCUCCUCCUCCCCCUCCUCUUCCUCCUCUUCCUCCUCCUCUUUCUACUCCUCCUCCUCCUCCCUGUUAACUCUGGCUGCCGUCAGCUCAGCAGGAGUUUCGGCAGCGUGAUGAAACGUUUUUCUAAGAAAGAAAGCGACGAUGAUGAUGAUGAUGAUGACGAUGAUGACGAUGAUGAUGAUGAAGAGCAGCGCUGAUACAGAGUCCUGAUGAUGUCUAACGUGUUUUUCAUAUUUUAAUUGAAAUGUUUUAAUGUUUUUAAAACUGACUCUUAGUCCAAAAAGUGAAUGUGGAAAACAUUUCACAUUAUUACCAUUUAAUCGUUUGUGUGAAUCAAUUAACAGCAGAGCUCCAAUUAUCAAUUGUUUUCAUUAUUGAUUAAUCUGUCAGUCAUCUUCUCCUGAGAAUCUGAAAUCAGAGAAUUUAGGCAUUUUUAUUAAAAGAAUUCAAAUUAAAAUAACAGUUGGAGAUUGAUUUAAUAUUUAACUACUAAUCAAUGAAUUGACUGAUUGUUGCAGCUCUCAUUAUCAUUAUAUUCAAAUAAAGAAAAUUAAAUAUUUAGUGUCCAUUAAUAACUCAUUUAUUGUCUUAAAAUAAUCAAUUGCUUUUAAAACGUUUAAAAUGUUAUUUCUGUUUUUCCGUCUCGUCUUCAAUGUGUCUCCUGCUACGAAAUAUUGUUUCAUAUCAAUAUUCAAUAAUGAAUGAUUCUGUUGGUGCCUCCUUUAAAAGAAACAAAUAUGUUAUAAAUAUAUAAAAUGUACUAAUAUCGGCCACAGAGGCUCUCUGAUAAUCAAUGUUGGUAUUGAUCUGCUGCUUCGACCUCCAUGUUUGUGUCUGAUGAAACUCAAACGUCUCGUUUUAUUUAUUCACUCUUCUUCUUCUGUGGUUUUUAUUUAGGACCAAUCAGCUGAUUUUAGCUUCAGAAUAUACAGAUAUAUAUAUAUUUAAAUUAAUAUAUAUAACAAAGAUAUAAAUAUAUUAUAUAUAUAUAGUUAUAUUUAUACACACACAUACCUGUGUUACUGUCAGUAAGUGUAAAACUGAGGAAACUGAACUUAAAAGUUUAUAUAAUAAUAAUAAUAAAAUCUGUGAGGCAUUCAAUGUCUCCUCGUGUUUCUGAAAAAUGAAGUGAUGAGCUGCAGAUAAUCAGCUUCUGUUUGUCGUUAAUGAAGUUAUUGAUGAAGUUAUUGAUGCUUUUCUAUAUUUUUGUAUUCAAUCUUUCUUUGAAACCACUCGAUGCUCUUUAACGUUUUUAUUUUUAACAUUUCAGAGGAUUUUUUAUCAAACUGUUGUUUGAAUUCUUAUUUUUGUAUAAUUCUGAAAUAUUUCAGUCUUUUAAGAUUUUUAUUCAUAUUCUGCUUUUGUAUUUGAGCCACUGGAAUAAUUAUAGAUAAAUUAGAAUAAGUGUUAAUUAAUUGGUACAAUGUAAAUGAUACAUUUAUAAACUCAAAGUUAAAUAAAUGAAUGAUUUUAUUUACGUUUCAUACCUUUAAAUUAAUUUGUAAUUAAAUUUUGAAAUUAAAAGGAUUGAUUUUAAAUUGCUUUAUGUUUGGGACAGAAUAAAGAAAUAUAAUAAUUAUAACUAUAUACUAUUUGUUUUGAGUUUAUCAAUGCAUCAUUUAAAUUAAUAUAAUAUUCAAUAUGACCGCCUCGGUUCAGAGACACGAUCAAUAUUUUAUAAUUGUUUGGUUUGUGUUUGACUCAGACGAACUUGAUUUUUACAGUGUUGUUGUUCUGACACAACGUUUUGUUUACAGACUCACUGCCACAGUAUUAUUAUUGAUUAUUGAUUAAUAUUCGAUAUUGAUCUCUCUUCCAGCUGCACUUUAUGUUCUGUUUGUUCUUCUGAUUAAAAGGUGCUUCAACCAUCUGAACUUUGAGCAGAAAAAGAUCAAUUUCACCCUUUCAAACAAAUCUACCUGAUCAAUUUUUAUUAUUUAAUCGUAUUCUGACUGAUGAUCAAUAUCUGACGAUCAAUAUGACCUCACAGCUGUUUGUAUGUUUAACUAUUUAGAAUGUCCUCCAAAUGGUGAAGGAUUAAUCAAAUUAAUGAUUAUUCAUUUUCAACACAUGACAUCACUUCCUGUGUCAUAAACGAAAAAUCAGGAAGUAAAAAGUGAAAGUUUGUUCAAUCAGAAGAAACUUUUAUUUGAAAUAUCAAUAAUCAAUCAUCAAUAACUGAUAAUCAUUCAUGUGUGAAGAUUAAAACUGAUAAUCUUUGUUUCUGUGGUUUUGAACAGUUUUUUUAUCAUUUCACGGCUUUCUGUAAGUUUGUGUUAAAACGUGUUUUUGAAUGAAGUUUGUUUCUGUUUGUCAGCACUUUGUAACUUUGCUAAAAGCGCUAUGCAAAAAUACAUUUAUUAUGCUUAUUAUUAUUGGUUUUGUUACUGAACUUGUUGAUAUCUCACAUGUAUUGAUCCACAGAACCGAUCAGAGCUGCAUGCAGAUAUUAAAAGGAACAUUUUUGAGAAAAAUAUAAUUUUUUUACUUCAAUCUCAGAAUUGUUCAGAUUUUUCUUUCUCAUUUUUUACACAUAAAACUUUCUUUAGAGGUUUUCUGUUUAUAUCUACUGUAUAUUAUACACAUUGUAUAUUAUAAAUACAGAAGUGAAACAGAAAACUACAGUGAGAGUGACUCAUCUGUUGGUUUGUUUUCAUCAGGACAUUUAAGUGAAUAAAAACAGAUGAAGGCUCCGAUUAAAAGAGGAACUGGAUGUUUUUUUCAGCUUUGAACGUUUUUUAGAACAAAACAAAUUUUUGUGUCAGAACGGUUCAUGUGUGUAAAAACAGACGCUCUGAUCAAUACUGGAUCAAUAACUGAAAACACUGCAGUGACCUUUGACCUCUCUUUAAUGCUUCAGUUUGUCUUCCAUUUCCUGUUCUGUGAUGUCAUCGCAGUCAGCGGAUCGUAUAAUAAAAAACUUUUUCUAUCA